AUGCCGUCCAGCGAGUGGUACUCUGAUGCCUCGAGCUCGUCACACACGCUCACCGCUGAGUCGUCCGAGAAGCGCCAGUCCACAUCCUCGCCUCCCUCAAGUAACCACGAGAGCCCCAAGUGCCCCGUCGUGUUCACACAGGAAGUCGACCCCCUCCUCCUGCGCAAGUCGCUCGAUGACCGCGUCGCGUACCUCACCGACUUCCUCGGCUUUACGUCGGACGACUCGGACAUCAUCACCAAGGUCGCGCCGUUUGUCAACGACCUCAUCCCCGAGAUGGUGGACGAUAUGUACGCGAAGCUGUUCGAGUUCGAUAUCACCAAGCGGGUGUUCAUGACCAGGAAUCAGGGCUUUGACGGACCACUGCCCUCCCGUCUGGAAGACCUCACUCUCGACAGUCCCCAGAUCAAGUUCCGCAAGGUUUUCAUGAAGUCAUGGGCUCGCCGCGUCCUCACCUCCGACUACACCUCCGGCAAGACAUGGGCCUACAUGGACAAGGUCGGCAUCAUGCACACUGGCGUCUCGCCCUUCAAGCACCAGCGCACCAUGGGCAUCAAGCCUCUGAACGUACCAUAUCGUGAUAUUGGCUUAACGCUGGGAUGGGUGCAGAGCAUCCUGCAGACGGGGAUUCUGCGAGUCCCGGAGUCGGAUCUCAGCAUGGAAGACAAAAUCGCUGCUAUCACCGCCAUCAACAAGGUAAUUUGGAUACAGAACGAUCUGUUCUCGCGGCAUUACACUAACGAGGAGGAAUCGGGUGAAGCGAUAUGA